AUGUUUAGGCGUUUUAACUGGCCAUUGAUUUCUGCAUUUGUUGAGAGAUGGCAGCGAGAUACGAACACCUUUCAUAUGCCAUUUGGGGAGAUCACGAUCAUGCUGCACGUUGUGUACCAUAUUCUUGGGCUUUGUGUUGAUGGUUCCAUGGUUUCCACUACUCCUAGCACGGACGUCAUACGGGACGCGUGCCAAGUUACCCUGGACAUGACUGCGGAAGAGCUGAACGAGAAGUGUGGUCCGAAGACCAUUUGGCAGGGUAGUGGGGUGCUGACCGAGAGGAUUAUGGACUCGACCUUGGAGGAGCAGAGGCCCUUCAGUGUCCAUUACAUUGGCUACAUGUGGUUAGUACUGGGUAGAUGUCUGUUUUUGGACAAGAGUGGUAACCGCACUCAUCUUUCCUUCCUCAACGAGCUUGUUGUUGAGGAGCUGCAGAUUAGUGACUACUCUUGGGGUUCAGCUGCUCUGGCAUAUUUGUAUCUCCAAAAGGGUACGACAUCAAGAAAAGAUGCCGAUUCAAUCGCUAGUUGUCUCACGCUUCUGCAGGCGUGGAUCUACGAGUACUUUCUGUGCUUCCGGCCUCAGCAGGGUACCUUGACGAGGGUGCUUAGUAUUCCUCGUGCAUGUGCUUGGGAUGUGGGAUCGGGGUUCCCGAACAAGAGCAUGGAGCGCCUGCUCGCUUUUCGUGCUCGAUUGGAUCAGCUGACCGAUAAUGAGGUUAACUAG